AUGGCGGUGACGGUGGAUGAAUGCUUUUGGUUGCACUUUUGUGCGUUGCUGUGGGUGAUCCCUGCGUGGUGUGCGUGUGGCCCAAAAACAAAGUUGUUCGAGGGCUCACCUGUCGGCACGAUGGCCGCAGCGUGUGGCUGCCACUCUGUUCUCUCGGGGAUUAUGCUACGACGCUUUCACGUGUGUGUUGCUUCGGGGACAAUGUGCCGGCGGCUGUGCAAUUGCCGGGUGGAGGGAGAGGAGCGGAAGGAAUUGCGUGAGCGCCGCGGUCAGGAGUCGUGCUGGGUGUCUCGCCGCGGAGGGCCUUGCCCACCCAACCCAGCACCGCCCCUGUCGGGCACCCUCUCUCUAUCACACUGCCGCAUCGUAACCGACGCCACCAGCACGCAGCGAUGCAGCGGAUGCCGCACCGCCACGAGUGCGACCGGAAUGGGACACGUCUGCUGUUGCGUUCCGAGGGGUCACACCGAAUGGCACAGUGGCGUUCCCACAAACUCCUCGCGGACCCCGCACAUGACACCGGGCACUGGCCGCGGAGUGUCUUCGUCGUGGAGGACGCCGUGGUGGAGUUCCUCUUCAUUCCAUGUGGACGGACGCCUGUUUCUACUCUUGUUCCUACCCAUUAGAUGA